AUGACUGAAAAUCGUGUUGAUAAGGAAGAUAAGGAAGUAUUGCAGUUGUCGGAUCCAUUUUGUACAAGCCCAGUGUGUAGUGAAAUAGAGUGAAAAUGAAGAAAUUUAUAGUGAUCUACACCUUUCUGAUAUGCUCGAUCCUAGCCGACGAAAUCUACGAGAACUCCAAGGACAUCUGCGAAAGAUGUAAAUGUCGCGACGAAGACGAGUUUCUCCUCGACUGCACCGACCAAGGUUUCAAAUACAUCCUAGCCAACUGGCCCGCGCACAACAAGACCCUGGUGGCAACUUUCAGCUACAACAACAUAACCACCCUGGAGAUUCUGCCGCCUACCAAUCAAACUGUCCGGCUGGUUUUCGACCAUUGCAACAUAAAGUAUCUAGAUCCCGGCGCCUUUAAAGAGGUUAAAAAUGUGGAGUUCAUAGAUCUGAGCUACAAUUUGCUGACGACUGAGGAAAUUGAUGGGGAAGACUUCAAGGGACCUUACAACAAGAGCGUCUACUGCCCUAUAGCAGUGAAACAUCUUAACUUGGCCUACAACCAGAUCCACAGUUUGCCGCGGAAGUUCUUCGAGAGCAUGCCGUACCUAGAGGAACUGAAUCUGGCAGGAAACGACUUUGUGACUCUGGAUCCGAACACACAGAUGGCGCUGGCGACGCUCCCGAACUUAAGGGUAUUGAACUUGGCAAGUAACGACCUAACGGACCUUGACGGCGAUGCUAUAAAAAGUUUAAACAAACUGGUUGAGCUGAAUCUGAGCUCUAAUCACUUAGACUUCGUUCCAGAGACUCUGGACUAUCUCGGCAAACAUUUGAAGGUCUUGGACCUCAGUGACAACUUUAUUUUCGAAUUAAGAGACGGCAGCUUUUUGGGAGUGACCAGUAUCACGGAACUGUACUUAGACGACUUGCCCAGACUGACCACCAUCUAUGUCGACACUUUUGCUAACUUGCCCAAUUUAAGAAAAUUAUCCCUUCGGAACAACGUGAAUUUGAUGACGAUAGACAGGGAGGCGUUUGGAAUCAAUCAAACUUUAGAAGAGUUGUACCUUACCAACAACUCUCUGGCGGAACUGGACUACAGACUCCUUCCGUGGUCCAAACUGAGAGUGUUCGAACUCAAAGACAACCUACUGGAGUGCGAUUGCAACCUAUACAACAUCAGCAGAGACUUGGACGCGUCCAUCACCAGGGAACGCGACGGACCCGUUUGCGUCGACCCGAGGACUGACAAUAUCAGGGAGGUCUACGCCCUAAGCCAAGACAUUUGCGGAGUGAAGUCCAAAAGAAAUCUGAUUGGACAUGCCAUACGCCACUUCGAAACGUUGCGGGUGGUUCUGAUCACCCUGAGCUGCAUGUUUACCCUGGCAACGUUCAUAGCUCUGACAGUGGCGUUCCUGCGGUACAGGAGGGGGACGGCUUUCCGAAGCUACAAUUUCACCACGCAGGUGCAGUACAACCCGUUACAAACUCAGUUCCGCAUAUAGUUUUGUAGUAAAUAUAUUUUUUUAAUUUAUUUUAAUUCAUGUUUGUGAAAAUAUUUCUGAUUUUCAUAGUCUAGGUAACGUUUGUAAAUUUUGUUUAGUUGUUUUUUUGUUGUAAGAUGUAGCUUUAAAAGUACUGGAAAUAUUUGCUAAUCGUGUAGUUAAAGUUUAACCCCCGUUGAAAGAAAUAAUGAAAUUUUUAUAUCGAA